GCAGAACGAAGGAGGACCUGGGAGUACCUCACAUUGCUUCUCUCCACCCUUUAUUGUCAUCAAAGGCACAUAAAAAACUUGAAAUCUGAAGAGCAUAGGGAGCCACCACACUUUUGUCCCAUACCCAAGUGACUGCUGCUGCUGUUAUACCCUGGACCAAGCAUGGACAAGCUGCUGCUUUGGAUGUCUGUCUUCACCAGUCUUCUUUCAGAAGCCUUUGCUCUGACAGACCUCAGAUCGAAGGUAUUUGUGUUCCCCAGCGAAUCUGAUACUGAUCAUGUGAAGCUGAUCCCACGUCUAGAGAAACCUCUGCAGAAUUUUACACUGUGUUUCCGAACCUACAGUGACCUUUCCCGCUCUCACAGUCUUUUCUCCUACAGUGUGAAAGGCAGCGACAAUGAGCUACUAAUUUAUAAAGAAAGAGUUGGAGAAUACAGCCUACACAUUGGACAUUCAAAAGUCACAGUCCGUGGUUUGGAAGAACAACUUUCCCCAGUACAUUUCUGUACCACCUGGGAGUCCUCCUCUGGCAUUGCUGAAUUUUGGGUCAAUGGAAAGCCUUGGGUAAAAAAGGGUUUGCAGAGGGGAUACACUGUGAAAGCCCUACCCAAUAUUGUCCUGGGACAGGAACAGGAUACCUGUGGAGGAGGGUUUGAUAAACGGCAGUCCUUUGUGGGAGAGUUUGCGGAUUUGUACAUGUGGGACUAUGCGCUGACCCCACAAGACAUUCUACGUGUGUACAAUGGUUCCCCUCUCAAUCCUAAUAUUGUGGAUUGGCAGGCUCUGAACUACGAAAUAAAUGGCUAUGUAGUCAUCAGGCCUCGUGUGUGGGAUUAAGAUCUCACAACAAAACCUCAUGGAAAUGAGAUGACCAAUGUGUACGAGGUCAAGGCAGCAGAACUCACUCUAUCUGGAGCUUUUUCUUCUUUGUGAACGUCCUGUCUACAUAUCUGCCAAAUAAAAAUCCUGUCCAAUUCCA